AUGAGGAUAAGCGAUAUUUUCUGCUCUUCUCCGGCUUCAACCGCCGUACGACCAACUACACUACGCCACCAUGGAGAAGCCACCGAAGGCCGUAGAUCCGUCGAAAGACACCGCCGGAGCCCAAACCCUAAUAACAUUAAGGACAAAAGCGUCCCAUGCUUCGCUUCCGAAAUGCCUUUUAUCCCUAUUCCUCGUCCGAUCAUGAGCUGCAGAAACUCUUUCGAGUCUUCAAGUGGGUUUCGCCGGAAGAUCACUUCGGCUCACGUCGACGUACAGACUCGUCGGAAAAGCUCGGCUGACGUAAGCGGCCUAAGGAGAUCGAGGAGUUCUAUGCAAGGAUCAUCGUCGAGGUAUCUUCUAAAGGAUCAUAAAGAAGAUGAUAAGGACCUUUGGUUAUCUUCAUCGGAUCGUUCUAAGGAUUUGAUUCCUUUCCGUGACCGUAACGUCACUUCUUCUUCUUCCUCUUCCUCUUCUUCGUCGUCAUCCUCUUCUUCUGUAACCAAUGUUUCUUCACCGGCUCCAUCCACUGAUGACCAGGUUGUGGUUUUGAGGGUGUCGAUCCAUUGCAAAGGAUGUGAAGGGAAGGUGAGAAAGCAUAUCUCCAAAAUGGAAGGGGUGACGUCAUACACCAUUGACAUAGCGACGAAGAAGGUGACGGUGGUCGGAAAAGUAACACCUUUGGGAUUAGUAGAAAGCAUCUCCAAAGUCAAAUUCGCACAGCUUUGGCCUUCCUCUUCUUCUCCUUCAUUUCCUCACAUUCCUAAUAAUUCCCUCCUCAAAUCAUAG